UUUCCAAGCAGUGCACUUGCACCAGGAGAUUAACUUUGUGCACAGAUUAAGCAAAUUAACCAGGAUGGUGUCUCCAGAAAUAAACUGUUGCUGUGCAGUUAGUUCAACAGCAGUCAUCAUGUAGAGCACGGAAUAACAUUUCAUGGAUCCUUUCAAAACGGUUGGGAAUUUUAUGAUGUCGACGACGUAGCCAAGCAGCGAUGAUGAAUGAGCCGGGGUUUCGGAGGGUCCUCCCCGAACAGUCGUUAGGGAGUGGGCACACCUUUGGCACCCCACGCCACCCAGGCAUCAACGACCCGAUCCUAUCGAAGAGGGUCUGCUUCUACAAAAGUGGAGAUCCCCAGUUCAAUGGCCUACGCAUGGUCAUCAACAACCGCACCUUUAAAACGUUUGACGCUCUCCUGGACAGCCUCUCUAAAAAGGUUCCCCUCCCGUUUGGGGUGAGGAACAUCACCACUCCCCGGGGGGUUCAUGCGGUCUACACUUUGGACGAACUGGAGGAUGGUAAAUCCUACAUCUGCUCUGACAGUCGUAAAGUGAAACCCAUCAACCUGGCACUGGCCAGGAAGAAGCUGCCGCCCUGGUACAACGCCAGGCCUCCUAGUUCCCGGCGGCGGACCGUGCAGAAGGCCAGGUUUUUCCCCGGAAAGAACAUCCACAAGCAGAAGCCGGCGCUUGUGCGCACACCAAAGAGGCUACUGGUUUUUCGCAAUGGCGAACCCACUGUGAAACACUCUGUGGUGCUUCACAAGAGGACUACAACAACUUUUGAGUCCGUCCUGGAAUAUAUUUCAGAGCAGAUCCAGUUCUAUGUGGUGAAAUUACAUACAACUGAUGGCAGACGUGUGGACGGUCUUCCAGGCUUGAUAUUGUGUUCUGGGACCGUAGUGGCUGUAGGCAUGGAGCCAUUCAAGCAUGCAAACUACAACACACAGAAAUCACCAGCUUCAGCAACACAUCCUACCAAACAAUCGGGUCACAGAAGACUAAAACGUAAAAAGAAGUCACGAUCAUACACUUCAAAGCCAAGAAAUUUCUCCCCCUCAUCGGAGAGGUAUAUCGUGAAUCGGAUCCACAAUUCCAUCGCAGAAAGCUCAUGCGACCUACCCGGUCACUCUAUCGAGCUGGAGUCAGGUCGUAUGCUGGAGUCGGUGCCAGAAACACCUGAAACCUGCCUCGGCGUUGGAGCUGAAGGGCAGGAUGGCUUCCUGCCCGCAGAGGACGACAUUGAGAAGUCCUUUCGGGUGAACCAAGAUGGUAGCAUGACAGUGGAGAUGAGGGUGCGGCUUACAAUUAAAGAAGAGGAAACAAUCCAUUGGACGACCACUCUGGCACGCUCAAGUGUAGCCAAUCAGCUUAAUGUGACCCAUUUAUCAGAGCCUGAAAGCAACUCGCUAAAAUCAGACUCACUGGAUUUACAAAGUCCUGUUGCCUCCAUUGACUCCAUCAACAAGGACAAAACUCGGGAUAACAAUGACGAGGAUCCACCAUCGCUGAGCAACGAAGUUUUCAGUGAGAAUAGUCAUGAAGAGGGUGAUGUCAAAGUACAGACGGACGUUGUGUCUCCUAGAAGACCUCCUACACCAGGGCACAAGCAAAUCAGAAAAAAGCAAGCGUCUGUGGAGAGCAUAAAAUCAGUGACGGCAGAGGGGAUUCAGGAAGGAAUGGUUGGCUCUUACUCCUACAGAGAGCAGACAGAAAAUGGAGCUGUGACAGAGCAGUACUGCAUGGUCAAACAGAGCAGCAGAAAACCAGUGCCCAAACCUAGAAGACUUGGCUCUGUGGAUGGCAAUAAUAUAAGCAAUGUAUCCACGUUCAAAUCAGCAGAGAUGACUGAAGUCCUACAGAUUGAAUCCAGUGGAGACGAGGUCACUGAAACUGUCUUACACGUAUAUGAACAGCAGAUCUGCCAGGAUAAUUUCUUUGCAAACCUUUCUGGGAUUCCUUUUUGCAGGCCGGCUACUUCAGAAACUGGACAGCUCUCCUCCAGUAAUGAGUUUGAACCCCAGCUCUGGAGACCAUCGACUGCUUCUGAGUCAGUUAGCGUCUGGAGAGCUGAGAGCAGGUCCGUAACAUCUGAUUCAACCUCGCCUUCACAGAGGCAUCAACGAUUCCCAAAGCCCACGAAAGGCAAAGACAAGCCCCAACCACGAGAGGUCAAUAAAGAUAAGAGGGUGUCCUCAAAACCAAAAGUGAUCAACAAACGUGUUCGGCGGCUUACGUCACCAGGGAAAAGACGAAAAAAUUCUGCAGGAGCAACCGAGAAAAAUAAGAAAGUGAAAACCUUCUCCAGUGCUGGCUUCAUUAAGAGAAUUUAUGGGAGUAAAUCAAAAUCAGCAAAAAGCAUGAUGAAGAUAAAAAAGGGACGGACACAAAAUGGAGAUGGGGGCGUUACAACAAAGAGCUCACAACAGUCGGAUGACGAAUGUAUUCUCAAAGACCCAAACACGCCAUCAGCAUUGAAAGAAACUACGAGUGAGACAGUUUCUAGUGAAAAAAGCAGCCUGAAUGUUGCUCCCAAUGAAGUAAGCCAACCACGGGGAAUACUGACACGGCAGACAUCAAUGCAUCGAGAGAAAAAGAACAAGUCCUAUGAUGUCAGUGGAAGCAUGUCACUGCCUCCUGUUAACUCCUCCAGCUCUGUUACUAAUGAAUAUGUGGAAAACUGGCUGGAGAAAAUCCAUCUUAACCCCACAGCCUACUCAGAUGAGGAAAAUAGACAAUUACAAGCACUUGGACAAACAGAAAACGGCAGGUGUGGAGAGUCUGAAAAUAAGAAGGGCGUGAUGAUUGUGGCCGAUGAGGUGAAGGAGGACACAGCUCUCAAAACUGACCUACUGCUUGAGCGAGGAGCUUCUGUCAAACAAAGAAUCAAGUCCUUUGAAAACAAAUCAUCAGGUCCACCAAUGGAGAAAACCACAGUCAAACAGCAAAUUGCCAAAAGUCAAACAACCACUACAAACACAGAAAACUCAAAUAGUUUAGCUCAGAUUAAUACAGACGAAGUAAAGCCUCUUUGUUCUGAAAUAAUUCCACCAACUAAUGGGACCCCAACAGAAAUGCCAUCAGACAGUGAAAACAAAUCAAGUCAAAUCAAAAUCUCAUUUCAAAAUGCAACACCUUCCAUUACGCUUUCCAUGGAGCUACCACUACCGCCGCCACCACCACCUGAUGAAAAUACAGAGCUAUCAAUCACUGAAUAUAACAUGAUGGAAGCACCCUCAGUGGCCAGCAGCCCAUUAUACAGGCUAUCAUCAGUAAGCAGUGAAACGUCAGAUCAUCAUCCACUAUCCAUCAGUCCUACAUCUGACAAGGCCGCAUCACCUACCGACCACACAACGGAAAUGACAACAUCAAUUCAAAGUGACAUUCCUUCCACGCAGAGGGAAGCGCCAUUACCAAGAACGCCAUCCAUUAAAAGGGCCCCGUUGGUCAGUAAUACAUCUCUUGACAAGAACAUGUCUCUCAGAAAGGCUUGUCUGGAUAAAUAUACUUUAUGUAGUGAUGCCACUUCAGAGACAAGCACAUCAUCUACAUCCAUCAACAUAGCGGGUGAUAAUGUGCUGUCAAACGGCAUCUGUUCAAUCGGGACGUAUCGGUCGAGUGAAACCCCACCAGAAGAGAAUUACAGCAUGUUAAAUAUGAAAAGUAGUCCAUCAUGUUGUACUUCUGCGUCUCCUACUAGUUCAGCAUCUGAAAAGAGAAUCUCACCAGGCAGUAUUUUAUCAAGUGAGGCUCCAACACCACGCGAUCUUCCAUUUAAAGAGACAAAAACACCAAUUUUAACUCAAAAAGAGUCACCUAAACCCUUGGUGAAAAAUGUAAAACUUAUGAGCAGUCCAUCCAAGAAACUCUCUUCCGAAAUUCCUCAUAACUCUCCAAAAUUAUCAUCAUUACAUAACCACCCUCAAGAUAAAACUACGUCACCAAAUAUUGGAAAACAAAGACAUGGAACACCGUAUGCUAGCCCCAACACUGAGAGAAAGCUUUAUAGACCUAAAUCACAAAAGAGACGGUCUCCAUAUUCUCAGUCUCUGGACAUGGUGUCACCGCCUGUCAGACACAAGUCAAGUGGAAGGUCGCUUUCUUCAGACGAUGCAUUAGAGCCAACAAGUAAGACACAAAGGAAAACAUCAUCCCAAAGAAAGCAUCGCCAAACGCCACAGUCAAUAGAAUCAACAGCUGAACUGGACAAAACACUAAUUUGUAAAGCUCUCAUGCCAUUGGAAGCUGAGCUGAGUGAUGACAAUAAGGUGCCAGAUCAAGAGAAAUCCAUAACACAAAUAAUACCACAGCCAUUAAACAUUGCAAAUCAGCCAAACAUGAAACCCGUGCUUGAGAAGAUUUGCUACUCAAUAAAGUCAAUUAGACGAAUCACACAGAACAAACGUCCAUCAUGUCUGGAAAAGUCCAACAGCCUGCCUGACUUCUCCUCUCAUGUGGCGUCUACGUUUGGCUCAUCAUCUAAAGCUCUCCUGGCAUUCUUGUCCGUCAUGACCCUAAAGGAAGGCCUAACUAACCAAAAUAUGGAUGAGCUGAACGCAAACAAUGUCAGCUGUGCCGAGGCUUUAAAAAUGAUCGAUUCUCUCACGGAAAUCGCCAGCAUGGAGGACUCCCACGAGCUAAAAGUUAGUUUGGCCAAUUUACAGCAGUCGGCUUCGAUGCAGCUCCUGCAGAGUUGGAAGGGCUUUCAGGAUCUUGGCGACAAAUGUAAAAGUCGCAGCUCAACGCCAAAACAUUCAGAGCAGGAAGCUGAGACCAGUUCUGAAAACGACUGUGGCAUUGAUGAGAAUGUUUUUGAUGAGAUUUUGGAUAAUCUUGACAUUCCUGAGCAGCUCAAGGACGAAUUGACCUCUCUUUCAGCGGGUGUCCGAAGUGACAGUGACAAUGAAGAAAAGAUUGAAAAAGUGGAACCAAAAGAUGCCAAGAAAUCCAAUUUCUUUGCAAAAGAUGCCGCUAAAGUCAGGGAUGUUACUCAAGACGAGAAAGUUGAUGUGAGCUCCAUCAUUAAAAAAUUCACAGAUAUCAACCAGCCAAAACAACCAAGUAUAACUAAAGACACUAAAGAGAAGGACAGCUUAAAUGGGCAGAAUGGUGUGGCCAAAUGUCCACCAGCUGAACCUAUUGAUAAACCUGAAGAAAGGCAGCUUUAUAGCACAGUGAUGUUUGAAAAAGAUGAUGGGCAGCAAGGCCACAUUGAAGAGAAAUCAAACCAAGAAAAUGCUAAAAUGAACAGAGUAGUUAGCAGCAAGAAAAGUCUUGAACAAGACAGUUGUACCUCUGAGGCAGAGGAGCAAGACAUGGAAGGUAAUCAGCUGCACUGUGAGGAGAAUGAGCUUACCCAUGAUGACGAGUCAGGUUCAGACGAGGAAGGGCAGAACAAGUCAAGUGGCACUAAAGAUUUAGAGCAGAACGAGAGCUGUAAGCAAAGUGUAUCAGAAGCAGAUCAGCAACAUAGUUCAGAAGAAGAACCAGAAGUUGAGAUACAACAGGAGACCAGGGAAAGUGAGGACCUGUCCAACCCUGAAAGUCACUCUGAGGAGGAAGAAGUGAAGAAACCAAGCUCAGAUUACUAUGUAGAAGUGAAUGUAAGAGGGAAGGAAAGAAUAUCCAGCCCGGAUAGUCAACACAAGUCUCUGUCAGAGGAAGAUGAACCAGAGGUUGAAUGUGAAGCAAGCUGUACGGGGACGAGUGUAGACGAAAGCACAUCAGACGUUGAUGAUCCGUCUUCAGAUGAAGAGCAGUCUGAGGUUGGAUGUAAGAAACUAAAGGUUAUCAUUGAGGAAACGUCGUCCGGCAAUGAGGAAGAGGAGGAAGAACACCAUGUUCAUCUUCUGGAUCACAGGCAUCACAUUAAAAAAGGUUUGUCUUUGAUAAACGAGACAGAAGAGGAGGAGGACAUAGUGAGCUCAGACAAUGAGGACCGCCAUGAAGAAGGGGAUCGAAGCAAUUUGAUAGAAAAUCAGGAUUCAUAUACCAAAAAAGACAAUAGAAGUUUAACAAAGAGUUAUGGAUUUAGUGCAGAUGAGGAUAGUGGGAACGACCACAGCAGCUGUGAUGAACAUGUAGAGGUAGAGCAAGCAAAGUUUGAAGAUGAACAGAUCAACAACUCAAGCUACAAUGAAAAAGAGUCCAGCUCAGAGGACGAACAUGCCAAUAUGGACAGAUAUAUAGAAGAGCCAGAAUAUCAGGAAGCUCCUGCAUUGGUGACACAGUCUAAAGAUACAAAAUGUGAAAAGGCUGUGGAAAAACAAAAGCAUCAAUCUCAAGAAAUGAUAUCCCAAUCUGUUGCGGAGAGAGUAAUUCUUCUGGACAAAAAAGUUGCUGAUGCCCAGAAAACAACAGGAAGUUCUGCCAUCAGACGUUCCUCACAAAGAAGUACGCCACUUGAGUCGGAUGUUGAGGGUUCACCCUCCGAAUCGCCCACAUCUCAGUCGGCUUCCGGCACCCGAUCGGCUCCUCAGUCGUCUUUAUCUUUCAGCUACGACUCCAGUGGCGUUAUAACCACAGAGCCUGAAGGCAACAGGGUCAGAUCCAUCAGGGAAAUGUUUCUGGCAAAGAGUGCCACAGAAAUCCAGCAUGGACGCUUCCCAAGCCCGAACGCAUCAAAGCGGACUGAGUUAAGAGCAGAAACCUCAGCCAGUGGCGGGUAUCAGUCUCAGACUUCAGGUGAGCUGUCUAGCGGCGAAGAUGACUCGGCACGGAAAUCCAUCACUAAAGGACUCGUGAGAAGAACAAUUGAGAGACUUUAUGGCAAGAAAGAUGCUGAGGAAGCGAGUGAAAGGCCGCCAUCUGCGCCAAAAGAGAAAAAGAAAGAAAAUACAAGCAUUUUCUCUCCUUUCCACAUAGCCAAAGCAAUUGAAUUGUCCUACUUCAACUCCACUAAUGCUAUGGACACGGCACGAUGCGCUGCUUUUAAUGUACAAGUCGGACCUGAAGACAGCGUCCCUGUCGGUGAUGAACAAUGGCUCCUUCGAGAAAACGCGCUGAUCAGAAAGUCCGUUUCAGACCCGGUCGGAAUAAACAAAAACUUAUCAAACUCUCCUCAAGGCGGAAGCAUGUGUGACGAUACACAGGAGGACGCCCCGUAUUCCCUCUUCAGCUCAAAGUCUGAAGUGGAAGACAAGAAGGCGUCAUUUUCAAGAAAGUGCACCUACUUUUCUUUGCCCCAUGCGAGCGACUCAGAAGCAUGUCAGGACGAGAUCAACACAGUUGCAAAUAGUGACAGUAUCACAGACACAAAAGACGAUCCAGAGGACACCAAGACGUGGGCGGAGAGGAAUGGCAAGUUGCCUGGCGCUGGCGUUACUGACUUUAAAAUGAAGGAUAACAAAGUGCACCCGCUGGUAGAGCCUGCACCUGAUGGCGAGGUCGUAGUAGUGCAGCCUGUGAAAGGUCAGGGUGUUAUGGCCAGAAGGAUGCAGGAGCCUGAUAUGUUGGACAUAAUUUACAAUUUUUGUGGUCAGAAUUGUCCCAUCCUAUGAGGACAUUUUAGCUUUUUAACACAAAAUCACAAGGACUUUUUUUGUCUGAAUAAGUGAACAUUGUUGGGCUAUACAUAAUAU